AUGCUUAUUUACGAUGCCACAGCCCAUUCACCCCACUAUCAUCAAGAAGGCAAGAAAAAGCUGGACAGCCUGAAGUGUCUGAACCUGUUCAACUGUGAGGUGACCAACCUGAAUGACUACAGGGAGAGUGUGUUCAAGCUGCUCCCACAGCUCACCUACCUGGACGGGUACGACGUGGAGGACCGAGAGGCACCCGACUCGGACGGAGAG